AUGGCAUGUGAGAUUGCAGAUGAGAGUUCAGCUAUGCAGAUGUUUUCUCAACCUGGAAACUCGUUCUGUACUGAUCUCGACAAGAUGGCAUUCCCUGUAUGUAUCGGAAUGAAGCCCCGAGCCAACCCUACAUGCAUCGCAUCACAUUCCGACCUCACUAUGCAAAUCAAGGUCCUUCAGCCAAUUCUAGUCGCUCUUUAG